UAGCUCUGUUUAUGUUUUCAUCAGACUUCAUGAUCAACGUGAAGCUAGGUCAUGCAGCUAGCGUAGUGUUAAUGUUAGCAGCAUACCUGUACAAAUACUGGCUUUUCUUUGCCUGGGUCGACACAUACAACAUACUGUUCUGCACAGGUGAUGAAUGAUGGGAAUGCAGAGCCACUCUGAAAAGAAAAACUCAUCCUUCCAACAUUGCAACAGAGAAACAAGUCUGGAUCUGCUAUAAAUUAAGUAGGCCCUAAGCUAAGCCUAAGGUGAUCAGAAAACGGCUGAGCUGUGGAGUCAAGUUUGAGGAAUAUGGAUUUAGAUGCUGCACUCAAUGAACUGGGCAUGCUCAGUAUAGUAACGGAGAGCAGGAAAGAGUAUUUGAAAGAGCGGGUGUCGCAAAACGAAAACAAUAUGAACAAUGCUGCUUCGUCGUCACAGGCCCCAAGCUUCCACAUAGUCAAAAUGAACACCCAGUUUGUCACGUGUGUCGGUUCCGUCUUGGCCAAACACGGGCGUCCAGUCGUGACAUCUAGUAGCAGCAGUGCAGAGAACGGUGUAGUUGAAGCAGAGAAGAGCACCAGUGCAUCCCGACCGUAUCCUUCUUUCCUUGUCAACGAACAUCGUGUCGUAAGGACUCACAGACCUCCAAGGCGGUGUCAGAAGAAGCCGUAUGCGCUUCCUCACUCGCACAGAUCAAAGGCGUCGAGUUCACGGAAGGGUAGACCAUACCUGUCAACCAGUUUCGAGGACGAUGUGUUUUUAGAAGACCCACAGGUAGAUUGCAAUGGUAAUGGUCAGAAACAUCGGCGUCCUAGUAGUGAGGUGGCGAGUAAAGGAUCCCUGACUGUUCCAGAGAUCCACCUUCACCGGUCAAAGUCUCUGGACGAUAUUCACUUAGAACGUCUUCGUAUCGAUGAUGGACUCAGUCGACAUCGAAGCGAUGUUGAGCUAGCCUCAAAGCUCAUUAGCAACCUCAAAGUUUCUUGAGUCUAGUUUCACCUGUUGAGAUUCUAGUUUCUUAAAUAAUAUUACAUGUAACACAUGCAGCCAUGCAGGCUGGCUUUGCUUAUCAGUAUGCCCAGUCUUCAGUAUAAAAUGAAUUUUUGUUUUGAAGUUUGAACCCCAGGUUAUUUUGCAUUCCAUUGCUUGAGUCAAAACCAAACCAAAAAUGUUUAAUGUGUCUUAAUUUCAUUCGUGUUUUUUUUUUUGGGGGGGGGCUCAAUAGAUGUGCAAUGGCUUUUCUGAUGUUUCUUUUUUUAAACAAACUUUUAUCGUGUUUAGAAAGAAAGAUGAUUUGCUGAAAUAUUUUUUUACAAUCUUUGUACCGAAAGCUGUGCAGAUAUACCUUGACACUCAAUGGUUGACUUUUUAGUUUUUGUUUUUUUAAAGAAAAUUGCUGCAAAAGUGUAUAAUUAGAUUUCUUUUGAAACAUCAAGAUUGGGUGGUCCUUUUCAGGACCAACCCUUGCCCAAGAAAGGUACAUGGUGUACCGUGAAGCCUACUACACUAUCUUUGUAUUUUGUCAAGUUUGGGUGCGGUUGAAAAGUAAUACAUGUAGCAGCCUUUAAUGCUUCACAGUGUAGUUUGAGAAUUAUAUUAUACAUGUAUGUCCUUGAAUGCUGCUUUCUAAUAGAUAAGCAUCUGCUUAUUCAGAAUACAUUUGAAUUUAGAUUGUCAAAAUUGAAUAAGGACAAAGAGAAAGACCUUCACUGGUUUCAAGUACACAGUGACAUUUAUUAAGCUCUCUUAAUUCUGUGGUUAAUUCACCCCAAAUAUCUUGGUCGCUAGACUCACUACUCUGCAUUUGUAUGCAUUUUCUUUAUAUGAAUGUCUACCGGUAUUUUCACAAAUUAUUUUGUGUUUGACAAUAAUGUGUAUCAAUUGAGAAAUAAGAUAUUGGGUUUUAUGUAAUUUUACAACUUGCAAGAAUAAUUUGGACAAGAAUCCUGAUGAAAUGCACACAUUACACUUUAAAUUUGCAAUGCAAUGACAAACAACAAAGUUGUUCGCGUGAUUAUAUAGGCCUAUUUAGAAUGCAAAUUGGCAAUUAUUUGUCACAAUUUUGUUUGUUGCCAAUUUAAUGACAAUUGGCAAAUUGAUUUGAUUUUAUGGGUUAAGUAAUUUGAGUGGAAUAGCGAAUUCAUAAUGCAAGGCUCAACACUAACCUUUUUUAAGCUCAUCCGGCCCGAAGGGCAAGAUGAGCUUAUGCCGUGGCGUGGCGUCCGUCCACAAUUUCAAAAUGCUACU